CAAUUUGAUAAAGAGUAACCACACCCAGUGCAGUGGUGUUAUAAUUAUUCCAGUUAACUUACCAGUAACCACGUGGUGUCAUCAUGGGAAAGACUAGAAGAAAAAAGAAGAGAACAGCUCAGUCGGAGGGAGAUGACAAACCUAACGCUUCAAAAGUACCAAAGACCUUUAUAAUGGAGCGUGGGCGUGUGGGUCGACUCCUAAAUGAACUAGUAUUUGAUUUACGGCAUGUAAUGGAACCAAACACUGCCUCAAAUUUAAAAGCUAUGAAGAGAAAUACGUUAAAGGAUUUUGUUCAUGUAGCUGGUCCACUGGGAGUGUCCCACUUUAUUCUUAUCUCAAGAUCUGACGAACACGUUAACCUAAAAAUAGCCAAAGUACCAAGAGGACCAACUCUCACCUUCCACAUAACACAAUUUUCAACGUCAAGAGAAAUUCUCUCGUCCACCUCAAGGCCUCCGCCCAUUAGUAGCAACAUGUUCAUGACUCCGCCCACUCUAGUUUUAAAUAAUUUCUCGUCGGAGAUGACUAAAGGUGAUCCCUCCUCUUUAAUGGCAGCCAUUUUACAGAGCAUGCACCAGACGCUUAAUGUGCAGACUGUUAAGCUAUCCUCGUUAAAGAGGUGUGUUCUGUGGAAUUAUGACAAUGAAACCGGUAGUGUUGAUUUUAGACAUUUUGCUGUGAGAGUUGUUCCACGCGGUACCAGUCGAAGUGUUAGGAAAUUAUCGAAAUCAAAGAUUCCUAAUCUCAGCAAGUAUGAAGACAUCAGCGAGUUCAUCCUUGGGGGUGGAGCUUCAGAGAGUGAGGGGGAGGAGGUAGAGGGAGAGAUAAUAACUCCUGGUCAAGAUAUUCCAGGACAAGGUGGUGCUCAGCAGCAGAAAAGUGCAGUAAAAUUAUAUGAACUUGGCCCAAGGUUGUCAUUAAAGUUGGUUAAGAUUGAAAGUGAGCUUUGUACUGGUGAAGUCCUGUACCAUAGCUACAUUGAGAAAUCUGAAAAGGAAGCAAAGAGUUUACGAAAGAAAAUACUUGAGGAAAGACGGUUAAAGAUUGCCAGAAAGAGAGAGCAGGAGAAGAACGUCAAGAGAAAGAAAGAAGCCAAAGAAGCUUUAAGACGUCAGGAGAGGAUCAGACAGGGUAAGCCUCCUCUAGAAGCCGAGGGUCAGCCAGGGCCUGAUGUAAGUGAUGAUGAUGAUGCUGAGUGGUACAAGAAAGAAGUAGGCGUGGCCCCAGACCCAGAGUUGAUGCUUCAGUCUAAAGCCAAGAAGACAAACAGGACAUCAUUAAGCAGUGAUCAACAUAGAAAGAGGAAAAGACUGACUGUAACUGAUACAUCCUUCAAGAAGAGAAAGUUUACCGGUACAGUCUAUCGUAGGAAGUCAAAAAAAUGAAGAUUUAAUGACGUUAAUAAUUAUAAUUUGUUUAAUAAUCAUUAGUAUUAUGAGUCAUAAAUAUAAAAUAAAAUAUAAAUAAGUAUAAUUUAAAGAUGCUCAUCUUUUCAAGUCGCA